AGUGAAUAUGUCGAAGUGGUCAUAUCUUAAUCAAUAAAAUUUUUAUCUAUGGGUAUCUUGUCUAUUUUAUAUCGGUAUCGGCAUUGCCUUGAAUUGUGACAGCCUGCGUAAUAAAUUUAUACCGUGUUCUGAUUUUCGAUUACGCAAAAAAUGACUUCAAACGCUUCGAAAACGUUCUUUAUGCGGAGCUUGAGUGCAAGGGGCUAUAGUGCGAAGCCACAGGCGCAACCUGCUUCUUUAAAGACUCUUGAAAUUGAAGGAACUCUCUUGCCAAACAAGCUUUCUGUUGCCACUGCCGAAAAUCGUAGUGCAGUUUCAAGAGUUUCAGUUUUAGUAAAAGCUGGUUCACGAUAUGAAGAAUACAGCAAUCAAGGCUGUGCACACAUGUUACGUAUUGCUGCAGGUCUUUCCACAAAAAACUCUUCUCAGUUUGCAAUAACUCGUAGCAUUCAACAGCUUGGUGGUAGAUUGACAUGCACAUCAGAUCGAGAAACUAUUGCAUAUACUUUAGAUAUACCAAGAGAUAAAUUAGAGCAGGGAUUGAAAUUCUUAUCAGAUGUGUCGUGCAAGCAAGUCUUUUACCCUUGGGAACUGUUAGAUAGCUUGCCAAGACUGAAGUAUGAAUUAGCCAGUUCCAGCCAUUCAGUCCGCGCUAUUGAUAUGUUACACAAAGCAGCUUUUCGUACAGGAUUGGGAAAUUCAAUAUAUUGUCCUAAAUGGCAAAUUGGAAAAAUUAGCUCAGAAGCCUUAUCUCAUUUUGUAGCAACAAAUUUCACAACAAAUCGUACUGCUGUUGUGGGAUUAGGUACUAGACAUGAUGAAAUAGUGAACUUUGCUCAAAAUAUGCUUGCUUUGGAGUGUGGUGAACCAAGCUGUACUACAGCAAAGUAUGUUGGCGGUGAAUUAAGAAAAGAUAAAGGAGGCGAUCUGGCAAGUGUUGCUCUGGGUGUAUCUGGUGCUGGCCUGAAUAAUGCAGAGGAAGUUCUAGCAUUUUCUGUGCUUCAGCAUGCACUGGGAACGGGUUCCAAUGUUGUUUGGGGAAACAGUAAUUCACCAUUAGGAAAAGCAUUAUCAAAUAUUCCCAAUGUUGGAGCUACAGCUUUUAAUGCAAGUUACAGUGAUAAUGGUUUGUUUGGUGUUUUAGUAACAGCUCCAGCAGAACAUGUAGGCGAGGCUGUGGAAAAAGCGCUAAGUGCUUUAAGGUCUGGUAACAUUUCUUCAGAAGCAGUUGCAAGGGCGAAAAAUCAGCUGAAGUCAGCAGUGUUAAUGUCACUGGAAUCUGGAGAUUCAUUUACAAGUGAUAUGGGAAUGCAAGCUUUACUCACAGGAACUGUGAAAUCAGCUCCAGUAAUUGCAGCAGCUAUUGAUGCUGUCAGUGUAUCCGAUGUAACAGCUGUGGCCAAGAGAGCUGCUGCAGGAAAGUUAUCAUUAGCUGCUAUUGGAAAUUUGAAAAAUGUUCCAUAUCUUGAUCAGUUGAAAUAGAUUUUUUUUAGCUUAAAAGUAAUAUUUAAUAUAAAUCAGAAGUGAAGAUGAGAUAAUUAUUAUUUUAAAUAAAUUAAAUUUUAAUAUUAUUGUUGCUUGUUGAUGUUGUAGCAAAUUUUUGAUCCACUUGUUCCAACUAGAAUUUGUCUUA